GACAGCGGACGGGGGAAGACCCCGGAGCAGAAAACCGUGUGCAUUCACAAUAUACAUAAUUGUUGAUUAUUUCCAGUAAAGUGGGCGGGUAACAUGGUAGGCGGACUAAAUCAGUGUAUAGGAUCCCUUAUCUAACUAUGUCCAAGGCGGAGGAGAUCCAACGUGCCACCGAGGCAACACCGCUUGAAACCGAAUGGGUCAGAAACCGUUCCCAGGAAUAGGCUAAUAAACCAAUGACGUUUCCUCCUUUUUCCUCUUCGAUUAAAUGUUUUCAUAUCUGCCUCUCUCUGCCGUCGGAUGAGCCAGCCUGAAGUUAAGAUUCACAAGCGUAAAUGUAGUCCGUAACUUACCCCCGCCUGGAUCUUGCCUGUUGAACUCGGUGGAACUCUUGACAGUUGAAAAUGGAGAAAUCUUCAAUGGGGUUGACUAAGACUGGCUCGCGGUCAACUGCAUCUCUCCCCCCGGAACCGGUGGACAUCAUCCGCAGCAAGUCAUGUUACCGCCGAGUACGGCUCAACGUUGGGGGUCUUCCACACGAGGUCCUCUGGAGAACGUUGGAUAGAUUACCGCGCACCCGGUUAGGGAAACUACGAGACUGCAACACCCACGACUCGCUCAUGGAAGUAUGUGACGACUACAACUUGGACGAGAACGAGUACUUUUUCGACAGGCACCCGGGGGCGUUCACGUCCAUUCUGAACUUCUACCGGACCGGUAAGCUCCACAUGAUGGAGGAGAUGUGCGCCCUGUCGUUCAGUCAGGAGCUGGACUACUGGGGCAUAGAUGAGAUCUACCUGGAGUCCUGCUGCCAGGCCAGGUACCACCAGAAGAAAGAACAGAUGAACGAGGAGCUCAAAAGAGAGCAAGACACCUUGAACGACAGAGAGGGAGAAGAGUUCGACAACACAUGUUGUGCCGAAAAACGAAAGAAACUCUGGGACCUUUUAGAAAAGCCUAGUUCGUCCGUCGCAGCCAAGAUCCUAGCCAUCAUCUCCAUCCUGUUUAUCGGGCUGUCCACCAUCGCCCUGUCCCUCAACACCCUGCCUGAACUGCAGGACACAGACGAAUUUGGACAUGCCUCAGACAACCCCCAGCUGGCCCACGUAGAGGCCGUCUGCAUCGCCUGGUUUACUAUGGAGUACCUCCUUCGCUUCCUCUCAUCGCCCACCAAAUGGAAGUUCAUCAAAGGUCCCUUGAACGUGAUCGACCUGCUGGCCAUCCUUCCUUACUACGUCACAAUCUUCCUGACCGAGUCCAACAAGAGUGUUCUACAGUUCCAGAACGUCCGGAGGGUGGUUCAGAUCUUCCGGAUCAUGCGUAUCCUUAGGAUUCUGAAGUUGGCGCGUCACUCCACAGGGCUGCAGUCUCUAGGUUUCACACUGAAGAGGAGUUACAAUGAGCUGGGUCUACUCAUCCUCUUCCUGGCCAUGGGCAUCAUGAUCUUCUCCAGCCUCGUCUUCUUCGCAGAGAAGGACGAGGAUGACACAAAAUUCAAAAGCAUCCCGGCCUCCUUCUGGUGGGCUACCAUUACUAUGACAACGGUGGGUUAUGGGGACAUUUACCCUAAGACUCUGCUGGGUAAGAUUGUGGGUGGUCUCUGUUGCAUCGCAGGGGUGCUGGUGAUAGCCUUGCCCAUUCCCAUCAUCGUCAACAACUUCUCUGAGUUCUACAAGGAGCAGAAGCGCCAGGAGAAAGCUGUGAAGCGGCGGGAGGCACUGGAGAGGGCGAAACGCAAUGGGAGCAUCGUCUCCAUGAACAUGAAGGAGGCGUUCGCCCGCAGUGCCGAGCUGAUGGAUGUGGUGGUGGAGAAGAGCGAGAGGCCGCUGACGCAAGACAACCACCUGUCACCCAGCCACUGGAAGUGGACACCUAAGCGGGCCACCACCGCCUCCGAGACCAGCUCGGCCCACUCCUUCAACCCUGUGGAGUCGCAGACGGGUUCCCCCAGCAAGGCCAGGGCCUCCAGUCCUCAGGGGCUCAACCCACAGAAGCUGGAGGAGAUGUAUAACCAAAUGGCCAAGACCCAGUCACAGCCCAACCUCAACGCCAAAGACAAGAGCUCCAGGGCUGGCAGGCAGAGGGAUAGGGAUGAGAUAGAGCUGGGGACCAUCCCUGGGGGUCCAGGGGACCCUAUGCUAGGGGGUCGAGAGGGGGUGGGGGACAUGAAGAGCCUGUCUAGUAUUGACAGCUACAUCAGCUGUGCUGCAGACUUCCAAGAGAAUCCACGUGGUGUCUACGCCCAUAGUCCAGCCUACGGCCUGGCCCUCCUGGCCCAGGAGACCAGCCGCUUCUCCCAUAUCAACCCAGUCACGGCCCUCUCUGGGCGGGUCAGCACCAACCCUGGCCUCCAGACCACCCUGGAGCAUGAGCCCUUGCUGGAUCCACUCUCUGCUGUGAAGUCUGCAGGUUCUGGCAACACUCGUAACUUUAACAACCCUCUAAAGGGUGGUGGCCUUUCUUACAAGGUGAACUACCGGAGCAGUGGAGGGGAGUCAGUGCCAGGACCAGGCCCAGGCCCUUCCCCCAGCAGCGGUGGUCCUCUCUCAGACAGUUCCGUCCUGUCUAACCGCUCCCUGCUCAGCCCAGAGACGUCCAUCUACACCACGGCCAGCAGCAGGACACCGACCAAGUCCCCUGACAGCUCCACCCUGACCACAGCCCUGACCUCCACACCGGCCGUUUUCACUUUCCACGACUCCUCCAUCAGUAAGUACAUUGACGCCGACACAGACGAAGACGAGCACCUGCGGGACAUGUCGGAUGCCACCAGCCCCUCGGAGCGCCUGCUGGCCGGCUCCAGUCCCCCCAAACACAGCAGGAACAUCAACAGCGGCUACAACCAGAGAGGCAUCAACCACCUGGCACCAAGCAGCACCCAGCGGAUGCUGGGGCAGAACUGCCUAUUCCCUGGCCUGGAUGGGGGGACGCGGGGGAGCGGGGGCCACACGGAGAACCAUGUGGUUCCAGAGCUGCCCCGCAGGUCCAAAGGGGACAGAGGAAGGUCUAGUACCAUGGACAAGAGUCUCUGAGCUACAGAUAUAGGGCAGAGCAGAGGAUAGCACGGCCAGCGUUAAGGGAGCUGGAGCAAGGAAUACUUAUGUCAGGGACAUCCAGAGAAACACAGACAAGGUACUGUGUGGAAGGCAGAGAAAGUGAUAGAGAAAGAGAAAGUAAGAGAGUGAAGGAAAGAGACACACUGUGCAGAAUCCCUUUACAAACUGACAGAAAGGGCCAGGAAGGGAGAGAGAUUCAUGGCAGCGUUUGGGCUGUGGUGUGGUGUUCAAUACUAUGGGAAAAGACUUGCAGGACAGAUAAAGAACACUCUCCCUUUUCUCCCCCCCUUCCUGUUAGCCACGGUACACAAGCUACCACAGAACUGGGCAGAAAACUCCCACAAACCCAACUGAGCAGGGGCCCCACAGGGAGACGUGGGAGCAGGUCAAAGCAGAGCAUGCUGGGAAGGGACAUGGUCUGUUGGUUGGUUGAGGCUGUGGUGGUCCAUUUCAGUGGCUAUGGGGUAAGAGGCAGGAUGAGGGGUGAGGUGGGAAACAGCAAGACAGUCAUCCCCUAUAUUCUCCCACAGGUCUAUAUAUAUCAGCUGACCACUGUCCCAUUCCGCCCAGCCCAGCUCACACUGUAGAAAACUACACUCUUAGAAAAAGGUUUUCCAAAAGGGUUCUUUGGCUGUCCCCCAUAAGAUAACCAUUUUUGGCUUCAGAUAAAAACCUUUUUUGUUCCAAGUAGAACCGUUUGGAUUCCAUGUAGAACCAUCUGUGAAAAGGGUUCUACAUGGAACCCAAAAUGGCUAUAUUUUGAAACAGAAGGGUUCUACCUGGAACCAACCUUUUAGGUUCUAGAUAGCACCUUUUUUUCUAAGAGUGUAGGGAGGAGUUACGGUAGACGCCAAUAAGCUACUUACUAGUGCCCCCCUAGACCCGAACCUGGCCUUAGUCAUAUGUGAGUGUGUGUGUGUGUGUGUGUGUGUGUGUGUGUGUGUGUGUGUGUGUGUGUGUGUGUGUGUGUGUGUGUGUGUGUGUGUGUGUGUGUGUGUGUGUGUGUGUGUGUGUGUGUGCGCGUGCGUGUGUGUGUGUGUGCAUGUGUGUUUGAGUGAGUUGGCGUGUACGUGUUUAAAAAGAUAUCCACACUUUUAGAUUGUCUCACCUGAUUUAUUUUUAUAUAAAUAAAGUAGGUUACCUAUAGAAAUGUGUGAUUUGCUAGUCUGUUGUGUCAUGACCAUAACUGUUUGAGUAAUUCUGUAUGACAUAUUUCUAGACAAGUUACAGUUGCUGGAGGUUUACAAUCCAGACUCAUCUUAGGGAAAACCACAGUCUGUCAAAAAGAGUCUUGUUCUGCUUGGUACCGUUUCUUUAUCACAUAGUAAGAGUAGAGGACCACAUUUGAUCUGACAUUUCUGUCUGUGAAUGUCUUGAUUGUGUGUCGUUUUAUUUUUAUUGCAUUGGGUUUGAGUCAGAGGGGAAUGGUUGAAAGAAACCUAAUCUUUUUGGUAUUAAAGUCAGGAAUCAUAAAUAUCCCUGAAGAUCUUUUGCAUCAAACACACAUUUAGGAGAGCUCUCCUCCAAGACAUGCAUGUACCAAACAGCCUGCCUCUUCCUCCCAGUCAUACCACCAAGACACAAGGGGCUCGAUUCAAUCCAUAUCGGGGAAACUCAGCGUAACUGCGUUAUUGAAACUGAAAAGCAAUGUUUCCGCGUUAGCAGAGAAUGCAUUCAUGGUAAACACUGCAAGUGUCAGCUCAAUAGGAAAUUACAUUUACAUUUCAAGUGCGCUUUCAUUAACGCUUCAAGCAAUACAGAUUAAAUAGAGCCCAGAGUUCAAAAGAGUCACUUCAGCUGAUGUGCUGAGAUGUGUAAAAGAAAAAUGACCUGUUUAUUUUUAUGGUACUUUAUAAAGAAUGUGGUGAACGGAUUUAUGAACCUAUAUUUCCAAAUCCAAGCAAACAUUUAUGAUAUAUGUUCAGAUUUAAAGUGAAACAUUGAUAAAGCUGACAUAACAUGCAUCAUCAUCAUUUUCCUUUCAACAACAUAGAGCCAAAGACUGGUCCAUUUUGAACUGUAGUUGGAAUGAGCGAGAGAAAGAGAAAGAUCCCCCAUACAGUACUCCUUAGGUUGCAGUAUAAGUCUGAACAGCAUAUUAAUUCAAAAGAGGGAAGAGUGUUACUUCUCACUUAUCCAGGAAACCUAGUUACAGGUUUUGAUUGAAUAGCAUGUCUAGUCUUUUUGAGUGCAUCUGCAUUCAUCCGCACACAGACAUACAGACAUAUUGAAAGGACAGCCCAUACACAGGUAUACAAUAUCUACAAGAUAGCUCCAGGCCUGCCCAGUUUCCAUAGUAACAAGCUCCAUCCUGGCAAGGCUGAUACCAGAGCUGCAUAGCUCUGCUAAUUGGGGUGGGAAUGUCUAAUUGUAUCGAAAUGCAUGCAUUCUUUAGGUUUACACAGUUUGCACACUCAAACAUACAGUAGUUGUUACACAGGAGUGCACGUAGACAAAGAAACAUCCUGUAACCACCCAUUCCCCCCUGCCUAGUUUUGAAUAAAUGCAUGAUAAUGCAUUCUGAAGAAUAGACGUCACAGUGCAUAGAUAUCACUGAAGAUGCUUAUAAAUAAAAAAAUACAGACCCACAACACUGUCCACAUACAUGUUCAUGUGUUCGUCCUUGGCUCUCUUCCUCUUCCUCUUUCUGAGAAAAGUCCGUGUGAAAAGGUGAGAACAUCGCAUCUCCAGAGACGCAUUUUUCACACCGAUUCCUGUCUGAGCUGGAUCCGAGCGAGGGGAGCUAUGUGAAAAGAAUAGUAAUGACUGUAGAAAGGGCAGAACCUCUGAAAUACUGUGUAUGUGUGUGUGUUAUUGUCAUGUUUAAAGGGACUGAUGCUCAGCCGAAGGCUUCCACUUUGUUAGACAUUAGCUAGGUUUCUAUCCAACUGGCGACAGAUUUUCAUACGAAUAUUCUAAAAUCCACAUAACAACAAUAUGCGCAUUUUCCCACCAGAGAUGUGUUUCCAUCAAAUUGACUUGUUGCGGAUAAAGGCAUGUGCGUGAUGAUUUAGGCCUAUUGAACAUACAAAAAAUAAUUUUGACGUUAUAUUCCAAUGUACCGAAUAAACUAAAUCUAUGUUUAAUGGGUUUCCAUCGCAUUUUCAAAUCUACUGAUGGCUUUGUCACACUAAAUUUUGCGUUAAAUAGCAAGUGUGUCCACUAUGGUUUUGGCAUAUGCGCUCUAGUCAAUAGGCUACCUACCUGCAUGAUGAGUAUAUUAUGGAUAAGAGCGAUAUUAUUUUUAUUUGUCAAACGGCAGCCAAGCAUCCUUCAUCAUGUCAACAGAAUGAGACCCUUGAAAUGUAUUGGAAAGAAGGAAGCUCACCACCGUGCACCUCCACAACCCUGUGAAGUUCACCAUGAUUUAUUUCAUCCGUAGCCUAAUAAACUGCAUGCGUUCCCGAGUCAUAACCGGAGGACCACACAACAUAUCGCAUGACUAAAUUUACUUCGAUAUUAUGGUUAUUAUUAAUAUUUGAGGACAAAGUGUUUCCACCACCAAUUCUUGCAUAAUUCAUUUUACCAACACAAAAAGAUCCCACCUUGUCUGGCAUAUUCUGUUUUGUCAACAUUUGUAGAGUUUACCGACACAUUUUCUGUUUCCAUCAGGCCUGUCAUGACAUUUUUUUUAAUCCGACAUGUACAUUAAAUUUAUCUGGAAACUUGGUUAAUGUUAACAUCCCACCUUGUUGAACCAACGUAGAAUAUACGUUGAAUUGACGUCGGUGCCAGUGGGAUGGAUGAUUAGAACUGUAGAGUGGACAUUCAAUGUCACUGUUUUGUGUUCAUUAUUUUCACAACGCACUUCAAAUCCAUCUCGUUAAAUUGGCUGUCAUCUGUAUGGCGUUGGCUUCUUGUGCACUGUCUAAUACGGAGUUGUGUUGCUGUCCCAUAUGUUUCACAUAACCAGGCAUCAUGUUAUGCUCUCACUGCAAGAAUACAUAGUGGGAGUCAGGGACAGUUUUGUCACGUAAAAUAUCUCUUUAAAAGAAAGAUGACAAUCAAUUCUUCAUGAAUAGACAUGAUAUACAUUGUAGCAUUGCUAUGAGAUGAUCCUGUGGAGAGUAUUCGGUUGGAAAGACUAACUGGAAAACACAUCUUGGACACUUUACAGAAAGGAAAUAGCCACUGAUCGCCUUUACAUGUUUGUUUUGGUAGAAUGAUUCUGGACAAUGUUCUGACAAGGUGAAAUGUGUUUACUGCUAUACUGUGACCACUGACCAAUGUGUUUAAAAAAAAGUUUAUGUAAAUUUGCUGCUAGUCUUUGUAUUUUUUUUCUUUCUUAAAGGGCACUUUAUACAUCAGUCUCUCUCCAUCUCUGAGUGAGUCACCCAACAUCGAAACGUCUUGUAGCGUACAAGAGCUUUAACUUUUACUGUAGUCCUGAACAAAAGGGUUUCUGAUGUCAAAGGAUUUGUAAGUGUUAUGUUUUAAUGAGAAAGCACAAUCAAGUGACUCCUUUUAUUUAUCAUAUUUUGAUAAGAUAUGAAUAACAUACAAUUUAGGAAUUAGACAAAUGCCAUUGAAAUUGAUGUUGGGAUUUCAGGGUUAGGGUCCAUUUGAAAUGCUUGGUAAAUUGGAAUUCAAUUCGAGAAUUGGAUUUGGAAAUGUAAUAGAUUUGAAAGAGAUCCCAACGAGUCAUUCCCAACCAGUCAUUGUAACAUACAGAAAUUCCAGGGAACUGAAGGGGGGAAAAAAUAUUUGACAGACUUUCAGACUAUCCCCACCUCUUCUUCUACUGUUGUUUUUGUAGGUCUCUAGGCUACUGUUUGUUUUGUAAUAUUUUUACCUGUCGACUUUCUAAUGCUGUAAGUUGUUGCUGUAUAAAUGUUCUGUUGUUCGAUCGAUGCAUGUCGUAACUUUGGAGCCGUGACUGGGUGUGAAACAUGCACAACGCCAGUUUAACUGUCCUGUAAAAAGUGUCUCAAUGUCCCAAGAUCUUUCUAUUUCUUUUAAAAAGGCAACAUUCCCCUUGGAUGACUGAAAAUUCAAUAAAAGUCUAAUUAAUGAA